UAAUUAAUUGCUUUGUUAGCUAUCAGUCUCUCAAAACAAGCACAGAUCUUGAACCACACCAAGAAGGAAACACAACACAGCAAAAUAAUAAAAAUAAUAAUAAAAAAGCAUUGAUUUUGAGAGAUUGGAAUCAUGUGGGAAUCCAUUGUGUUAACGGUGGCUGCCACCGCCGGAAACAACAUCGGAAAAAUCCUUCAGAAGAAGGGCACCGUCAUUCUUCCUCCUCUCUCUUUGAAGCUCAAGGUGAUAAGGGCUUAUGCAUUUAACAAAAUCUGGGUUAUAGGUUUUCUGAUGGAUAUAGGUGGUGCAUUAUUGAUGUUAAGAGCAUUAUCUUUGGCCCCGGUAUCUGUGAUCCAACCGGUUUCGGGAGUCGGACUAGCAAUUCUUUCAAUCUUCUCUCAUUUUUAUCUGAAGGAAAUCAUGAAUGCUGUUGAUUGGGUUGGCAUUGCCUUGGCAGGUGUUGGCACAAUAGGUAAUGUAAUACUCGGUAGUUAUAAAAAGAUUUGUAGACUGUGUAUCAAGGUUAUCGACUCAAGAGUUCACUUACACUCGUGGACUUUAGGAGUUGGUGCCGGAGGUGAAGAGCAAGAGGCGGCUACUCUGUCCAUUUUUCACAUACCAUGUCUGGCAUUUGUUGUUGCCAUCUUGUUUUUGUAUAGGUAUUGCUUAAUGGAGGGCUUAGAAUAUGCAGGCGUCAUCGAAGAGAACAAGAGAUGUUAUAUACAGAUGGAAUACGAUGUUGUUGAGGAAAUUAUUUAUGGCUUGGAAUCUGGAAUUUUGUUUGGGAUGUCUUCGGUAAUUUCGAAGAUGGGAUUUCUGUUCCUAGAGCAAGGUUUUCACCAACUGUUGGUUCCUCUGUGCAUCAUAUUCAGUGUGUGUUGUAGUGGAACAGGGUUUUACUACCAGACACGGGGACUAAAGCACGGUAGGGCUAUUGUGGUUUCUACAUGUGCAGCCGUGGCAUCAAUUGUGAGCGGUGUACUAGCUGGAAUGCUUGCAUUGGGUGAAAGACUGCCUUCUGCCCCGAAAGCUCGCUUGGCACUUCUUCUUGGAUGGCUACUUAUAAUCACGGGUGUAAUUUUACUCGUUGGUUCGACGCGGCUAGUGAAAUUUCUCUCGUGUUCUUCAGGACGCACAAAAAGAAGCAAUGCUGAUAAGAGUUACAGCGCUAGGAGACCAAGUUCUUUGCGUAUAAGGGAACCGAAUCCAAGCGCCGUGAUACCAGCCACGACGUUAAAUCAUCUGCUACCAUCGGCUUCCAAAGAAAAAGCAUGAAUGAAUGUUAUUUCAUCGGUUUGGCGAAUUUAGGGUUAAGGGUUGUAUACUGUAUAAUGAUCUAACAGUGUUGCUUUCAUCAGAAGGCAUGAAUGUUUUUAGGAUCAUUCCUUCUGGUUUCAAAUAUUUUGGAUUGAUUUAGACACCACCUUGUAAAAACUAUUGAUGUACUUUUAAGGAUUGUAUAUGAGAGUGCUGGUGGCAGUGACAUUAACACA